AAUGAACUUUAUUGAUCGCGCUGCUAUCCCCCACCUCGGAAAUGGAAUUAACUUUAUUGGUCGCGCCGAUAUCCCCACCUCGGAAAUGGUAUAAACUUUAUUGAUCGCGCCGAUAUCCCCACCUCGGAAAUGGAAUUAACUUUAUUGGCCGCGCCGAUAUCACCACCUCGGAAAUGGUAUAAACUUUAUUGAUCGCGCCGAUAUCCCCACUUCGGAAAUUGAAUUAACUUUAUUGGUCGCGCGAUAUCCCCACCUCGGAAAUGGAAUUAACUUUAUUGGUCGCGCCGCUCACGUGACGUUGGAAUAACUUUAUCGCUCCGUCCCGCCGCCGUUUGAAGAUUUCGCGCGACUUCUGAAGAAGACGCGAGGGGCAGACGGAGGAGGGGAGAGAGAGAAGGAGGAGGAGGAUGAGAUAACAGGGACGAGGAAGGAGAACGAGGUAAAGAAGACGAGAAGAACAAGGGGCGAGCAAGGCAAGAGACCGACGAGGAGGAGGAGGCGCCAUGCAGAGCGCGGAUCUCGGGAGCAGGGAGCGCGGCCUCCUGUGGCACCGGAGAGCGGCCCCGGCUGCGGACGGGUCGGUGCUGCGGGUGCUGCGCUCGGUCGAGGGCUCUCACUCGCGCACCGUGAGGUUCCUCCACGCCGCGUUCGACUCCACGGGCGAGGCCUUCGUCGCUGGUGACCACCAGGGCCACGUCUACCUCCUCGACCUCACACGCAACUCGUUCCGCCUGGUGCAGCGGACAGGGCUGGCGUGCACAGCGCUGGCGUUCUGUCUGCGCCGGCGCAGCGAGUUCCUCGUGGCGCUGUCGGACUACUCCAUCAAGUGCUUCGAUGCCGAGACGAGCGAGCUGGUGAGCUGGAUGCGCGGGCACAACUCGGCGGUGAGUUGCAUCUCGGUGCACGCAUCCGGGCGGCUGGCGCUCACCACGUCCGGAGACACCGCUCAGCUCUGGGACCUCGACACCUUCCAGCGGCGCCGGCGUCUCAGCCUCCGCAACAACGACGCCGUGCAGAAGGUGUUCUUCCUGCCAAUGAGCAACACCAUCGUGAGCUGUUUCAAGGACGGCUCCGUGUUCGGCUGGGACGGCGAAUCGCUCGAAUGCCGCUUCCAGCUCCCAGUGCCCCCCACGAGCGCGCGACUCGCCUACCGUGUCUUCGCGGCCACGAGGGACGGGCGGACGCUGGCAUGCGGGGGCCGCUCGGGCUGCGUGCACGUGUGGGCGCUGGAGUCGCGCCGUCUCGUCUCCGUGCUGCAGAUGCCCCCAGCGGUGCGCGCCGUGCGCCAACUGCACUACCUGAGCGACGCUUUCGACGGCGGGGCCAACCAGGUGCUGGGCGUGCUGGCGCAGGACGGCGUGGCACGCUUCGUGCACGUAGGGACGACGCAGCUGCUUUUCUCGCUGGGCAGUGGCAGCGGCAGUGGGGAUGGCGCCCUGAGCUCGCUGGUGGUGUGCCCGGCUGGCAGGAACGUGCUGGGACUCGGCGAGGACGGCGCGAUGACCCUGUACAGCGUCGCGGCGCUAACCCACGCGCUCAAGCAGCCGCCUCCGUCACUCGUCAGGGUGGUGCAGGAAUCGAAGUCGCGCGGGAAGGCGAUGCCCGCCGGUGCCGCCCCUCCUACACGGCGCGUCGGCUCCGGAAAAGUGCGGCGGCCCUCCCGGGUACGCGGGGAGGCCGUGGGCACGCGAGCGGAUCGAGGAGGAGGUGGGCACCAGCAUGGGGAGGAGCAGGUGGAGGGGCAGGGAGAGGAAGUGCUGGAUCGGAGACGCCUGCUCGCACUGCUCAAGGGAUUUGGGGAGUACCCGGCUAAGUACAGGUUGUUCAUCUGGCGUGCGCUGCUGCGGCUGCCGGAGAACCAUGAUGUGUACAACACGCUGGUGGAGAAGGGCACGCACCCCGCGUACGGCGCCCUGCACCGGCACUACCCCGUGCGCUCGCAUAAGCUGCUGCGUGGCCUGCAGAGGACCCUGUCGGCACUGGCGCACUGGGCGCCCAUUUUUGGAGAAACAGAGUUCCUCCCUCUCCUCGCUUUUCCCUUCGUCAAGCUCUUCCAGAACAACCAGCUCGUUUGCUUUGAGGUCCUCGCUACAGUGCUCGUGAACUGGUGCAGCCGCUGGUUUGAGUAUUUCCCGAACCCCCCUCUGAACGUGCUGGCGUGCGUGGAGAACGCACUGGCGCACCACGACCACCAGCUGCUGCAGCACUUCGUGGAGCACGGAGUCACCGCGCAGGUGUACGCAUGGCCGCUGCUGGAGACGCUCUUCUCGGAGGUGCUCACGAGGGACGAGUGGCUGCGGCUCUUCGACUGGGUGCUCUCGCGGCCACCCGCGUUCCUUCCGGCCGUUGCCGCCGCCUACUCGUCCUGCGCACGCGGGGCCCUGCUCCGCCUCACGCAGCUCGAGGACUUCCAGUUCUUCUUCCACCACCGUGGUGGCGUGGACGUUGGGCGCUUGCUGCGCGAGGCCCAGCGGCUGCUGGACACGGCACCCCAGGACGCGCAGCCAGGCCCCGCCGCCGAGGAGCAGUUCCAGCCGCUCCCGCGCGGCCUCUACCCAGUGUUCAACAAGUACCCCGAGAGCGUGGUGCAGUUCCACGCUCGGGAGCGCGACCGCAUCUGCGCUCAGGAGCUGGAGUACUUGCGGGAGAAGCAGGUUCUGCACGAGCUGGCGGGGGAGGCGGAGCGUCGCCGUGCCGUGGACGAGGCCUGGAGCCAGCAGCAGGCGGAGCUGGUGCUCGCCGAGGAGGGAAAGCGCAAGCAGCUGCAGCUUGAGGAGCAGCGUCUGGUGGAGCAGCGGGCACGGCUGGUGGCGAUGCGGCGCGAGCUGCGUGUGAAGGAGCUGGCCAUGCUGGACGCGACGCGCCGGCGCCACGAGCAGCAGCAGCUUGCGCGGCGCCGCACCGACCUUGCCGCGCUCGACCACCACAUCGAGCACACGACGCGGCUGCGAGACCAGGAGACCGAGGCGGCCAUCCAGGAGGUCGAGGUGCGGCGUUUGGAGCUGGAGACCCAGAGGCGGCUCUUUGAGCUGGACCUGGCCAAAGAACACGAGGCAGUGGACAGGCUGGUUCGUGGUGAACUGGACAUGCACCGCCGGCGGGCAGGGGAAGAAGGCGUCGACGAGACGCUGACUCGAAGCCGCACGGCGAUGGAUUCGGAGAAAAACACAUCGGCCGGACAGCAGGCUGUGCACACGAGCCUGGCGACGGCGAGCGGGCUGGCGCAGGACGGCGCGUGGCGAGGGGAGCUGGCGAGCCGUGCCGCCCAGGGCGCUGCGCGGGAGGAGGCGAGGGCCGUGCUGGUGGAGCAGGGAGAGCGCGCGGCGAGGCACGAGCAGAGGCAGCUGCUCGACGCCGCGCAAGCGCUGCACAAGAACCGGUGGGAGGAGGUGAGGAGGCGCUGGGAAAUCCUGGAGGUAGAACCUCCCUCGCAUGACCACGUGGCCCAGCUGGGCCCUCGCGAUGCUCUCCUGGUGGCUGAAGAAAGUGCCGACCAUCCCAUGGAUUACCUGGGCGAUAUCGGACGCCGGGUUGCAACGAGCGAGUCUCUGUGGGACAAGCACUCGCCAUUGCCAAACCGGCCGCCCACGUGCCUCAACGACCCCUCCAGAUCGGAUGCCGCCCUCCCACAGAUGAGGCCACACACGGGGCUGGCGUCCCCUGGGCGCGCGGAGCGUGAUCUGCUGGGGGACGUGCGGGAGUUGCGGCGCCGUCUGGCCGCGCAAGCCCUGGCCGCACCGCCCACCCUGGCGCGGCCCGCCAUGUAUCGCACGUGACCCGCCGUGUAUCGCACGUGACCAGCCGUGUAUCGCACGUGACCAGCCGUGUAUCGCACGUGACCAGCCGUGUAUCGCACGUGACCAGCCGUGUGUCGCACGUGAUCAGCCGUGUAUCGCACGUGACCGAGCGAAGCGAUUGCUCCGGACUGAGCCCUGAUCUUGCUCACGACUGUGCAAUUGUGUUACCUUUAUAUGCAGGACUCUGUGGUCGGUAAUGUUAUCUUCGUACACGACUGUGGCCUUUGUUUUAAUGUGUUAUUGACUGCACCAACCUCUGCUCCAUUUGUCGAUGAGACACGCAUGCAUGCGCACACUCUAAAAACAAAAACUGUUAAGGCAAGUGUUAGCGAGCAGCUAUUUGCGCCAGCACUGCAUAGGAGAUGGUGGUGGGAUCAGCACCAUACACGUCAUCCUGAAUUGAACUCAAGUUUUCAGGUGCAGUGCGAUAACCUCUGUGCCACCACUUCUCACGUACCCACAAGAACAACUGCUGUUCUCCACGAAUUUGCGGUGACAUCACGGUGCCUGUUCCAGGCAAGGUACAGUCUUGAGACCACGUUAAGUGUCGAAGGCUCGCUGGGAGGAGGUUACAGGACAGACCCAGGGGCUAUGGGUUGACUCGGAUGAUUAACAGAUGCACCACCUGUGCUCCCCACCUGCGCGAGGAGCUCACUGAUGUGGCUGUCCAGAUCUCGAGUAUCUGUCAGCUCACAUAGUCCAGUCUAGUUAGACCCAGGAUGGAUUGUGGGCAGGCCAGCCUAAAAAAUUCUAAACGGCACAUGUUCGUUCAAAGGGGUCCACGUUUCACAAGCACAGAGAAGGGAGGGAAUAAUUGUGGCCGAGAAAACCCGAAGCUUCGUGUGGAGCGACAGGCCAGGUAGUUUCCGCACAGCAUUACGCAGCUGAUGAAAAGAUACUUCUCGAUUGAUUUGUCGUGAGUCCUCUUGCCAAACAGGAGUACAAGCACAGAGACAAGACACCUGAUAACCCUUACCAAAUAUGGCAAAUAACACCCUGUGGCAGACGAAUGUGACAUACUCGUUAGCGAAGUGGGCUUGUGUUUAGUGUUGUAUUAAUGUAUGUCUUAUUGAUUUUAAAUUAUAAAUCGUGUAAAUAGUGUUCAUUACAGUUUGAAGUUAAAAUAUAACUUUGAUUUAUUAAUAGCUUUAAGAUGUAGCGACUUACAGUGAACUGAUGUCCCUUGUGCUAUCAUUUAAAACUUGUUUUCUUCAUUGUGUUGUUUGUGUGACGUGUACGAGCUAAGAACUAUGUGUUUCCACGAUGUGACCGAUAUUGUAAUGAUUUUAAUAAAUGAGAGGAGAGGUAGUAGAGUGCAUGGAGGAAGAUUUGAGGGGAGGUAGGAGAGCGCAUGGGGUAGCGAAAUGAGAAGGGAGACGUAGGUGAAUGCGUGGAGGAAUUAGGAACCAUUCCAAUUCCGAACCAAUCAAGAUGAGACCAUGUCAAGGAAAGAUUUUGCGAGUGGGCAGUGAAGUUGGGUUCGUGGAGUCAAUGGUGAUGAAGCGAUGGCCAUCAUUAAAACUGGAGAUUAUUUGACCAGGAUGGAGCAGAUAUAUUGAGCAAGGGGGGCAAGGAUGGAACCACUUUAUUUCUGAUUUCCUGCGUUCUGAUUUUCUGGACCGUCUCCAUAAUAUUUGGCGAUAUUUCUAAUUAAACGUCGCAAAUCUAAGGA